UUGAUCAAGCGUCCUCGACUACAUUUGAUCUGCAGGCGGCGCUGCGUUUACAGAUGGCAUGCGCAAACAGAAACAGGAAGUAGCUGUGCAGAGUUCGAGAAAAAUGUCCUGACGUGGUCCCGAAUGUAUUUUCUCUAAAAAGUGAUUCACUUCAACGAAUUUGUGAUUAGAAAUCGUAUCAAACUCAAAUUAAACGGUUAUUUCAUAAACAUAGCCAGUUACCCAAUGACAUUGCAAUGUCUAGUAGAAAGAGAUCGAGAGACUCGGAGGACAGAGGGGACCGCAAAAGGCACAAGGAAUCAAAACACGAUGUAGAAAAACUAAAGAAACAAGCGAGAAAACUCAACCAAGAAGUGCAAAAGCUGAAGCAUUUGGAGACCUUUUAUGAAAAACCUCCUCCUGGACUCAUAAAGGCGGAGGAGUACAAACCAGAGGACUGUAUUCCUGCUGAUCCAGGAAAUGAGGAUGCUAGGGACUUCCUGGCUCACGCCCCCACCAAGGGGCUGUGGAUGCCUCUGGGGAAGGAGGUGAAGGUCAUGCAGUGUUGGAGAUGCAAGCGCUAUGGACACAGGACAGGGGACCGAGAGUGUCCCUUCUUCAUCAAAGGAAACCAGAAACUGGAGCAGUUCAGAGUGGCACACGAAGACCCAAUGUACGACCUGAUCCGAGAAAACAAACGCAAUGAAAAAGAAACGAGGAUCCAGCAGCUGCAGCAACUCCUGCAGGACACCACCUCCUCCGACUCGGACAGCUCCUCCUCUUCCUCCUCCACCAGCGACCGCAAGAAGAGGAAACACAAGAAGAAGGACAAGAAGAAGGACAAGAAAAAGAGGAAGAAGAGGAGGAAGCACAAGUCCUCCAAAACCAGUGACUGUUCUGAGUCCAAUUGAGCCAUAGGAACCUACCUGGAUUGUUCUAGCAGGGAGAUGGCUACACUGCAGUGUCUAUCAGUCAGUGAGCAGCUAUGGUGGUUCUUACCCAUUGGCUCAGGGUCGCCUCAAUGGCACACUACGAAGUGCACACUAGAGGACCCUUUUUGGUUCAGUAUUCUUCCCUCCAUCUGAGCCUUUAAAUAAUGCAUGACUUGUCCCAUCCCUCAUAUGGUUGAUGCCUCUAUUCCAUUAGAUCAUACAGAAUAAGAUUCUAUGGAUCCGCAAUGCUGAUUGUGAAUGUAGGGCCCCUCAGGCGAGGAUCUCAGAAAGCCCUUACAGCAUGGGUAAUGACAUGACUGGCUCGGGGGGCCUGAGCCAGCCAGACUAGUUGAAAUCAGUUUGUAGCUGUUAUGAAGGAUGUUGGCUUGAUGAAUCAGAUCCGAAUGAAAACGUGACAAAACAGAGCAUGUUGUUAGAGAUGGUUUUGCUUCGUAUUUAGCUUGAUUGUAGGCCUGUUGUUUUGACAAAUAGAGUGGUAAAAAUUGCAACACAUAUUUUUUCCAUAUUUAUUUUCUUCCAAAUGACGCUCUUGGAUGUUUGAAUGCUUAUUACUGUACAUAAAUAUUUGGAAUAAAUUGAGGUUGGAAUUUAA